GUAAACCACACACACAUGCACACUUAAUACUGCAAUCCUCUUUGUGAAAGUGACGUGUUACUGUCAGAAACAGAGCUUAGCUGAAGUUAAACAGAGAGAGAGAGGGAGAAAAGGAAGGACUCAUUCAAUUUCUCUUUGCCUGCCAUCCUGUAAACUACAGUUUGGUCUUGUGGAUGAUUCUUUGUUGUACUUUAUCGUUUAUUCUGCAUGCAGGUUACUCAUCAGGACUAAAUCUGGGAAAUACAUCUUUUUUUGUUCAUUUUUAAAUCCUCAAACUUCUUGGACAUUCUGCUUAUGGGAUUGUCAAAUGCUGAUGAACUUUGUCUAACCUAGUUGCUCUAGGAAACCUACUUUGAAUGGUACAUCUCCUCAACAUUGGCCUGUGGUUUACAGGAUGCUAAUAGCCUAUGCAAAUUGGAUACAAAUCUGAGGACGCCCAUAUCCACCUUUUAUUUUAUUUUGUGAAUUAGUGUGCCAUUGGUUGAAUCUAGUGUGUCACCCGGUGUAUGUGAAGACAGCAGGGACUGAAGUAGUCUCGGGUGUGGGGGGAAAGACAAGGGUUGGGUGUCUUUUUGGAAGGGUCAACAGGUUCAGGAGGACUACUAGGUAGAUUUUGCAGAAAUGGAUGGGCUCGGAUAUGACCGCUAUGCAGAUGGGGAUAGAGACAGCUACCAGAUUGACUACCGCCGUAUUGUGGGGGACAUGGAACCCGCUAGGCCACGGGUGUUAUUACAAGACUCAGAUCACCACUUUCAAGGGCCAUUUACGCACAGUGCAUUACACGGGCAUGGGCACGGUCAUGGGCACGAGACGGCUGCCCAGCGCUACAAUGCCACGCGUAUACAGGCGGGAUAUGAGCCGGAGAGCAUGGCUGAUUACCUAAUCAGUGGGGGAACCGGUUAUGUUCCAGAUGAUGGACUUACAGCCCAGCAACUCUUUGCUAUCGGAGAUGGUCUCACAUACAACGAUUUUCUAAUACUGCCUGGCUUCAUUGACUUCACAUCUGAUGAAGUGCACUUUAGAGAUUACGCUGAGCUGCGGGAUUUGACCUCUGCCCUGACCCGUAAGAUAACCCUAAAGACGCCGCUCAUAUCCUCUCCGAUGGACACGGUCACAGAGUCCUCCAUGGCCAUCGCUAUGGCUCUCAUGGGAGGAAUUGGAAUCAUCCAUCACAAUUGCACACCCGAGUUUCAGGCCAACGAGGUUCGAAAAGUCAAGAAAUUUGAGCAGGGAUUCAUCACGGACCCUGUAGUGAUGAGUCCACGGCAUACGGUCGGCGAUGUGUUCGAAGCAAAGGUUCGGCACGGUUUCUCUGGCAUUCCCGUUACAGAAACAGGCAAAAUGGGCAGCAAGCUGGUGGGCAUUGUUACGUCACGAGACAUCGACUUUCUGUCAGAGAAAGAUUACGACAGACCUCUGGAGGAGGCAAUGACAAAAAGAGAAGAUUUAGUGGUCGCUCCAGCCGGAGUAACUUUAAAAGAAGCUAAUGACAUUUUACAACGCAGUAGAAAAGGUAAACUUCCUAUCGUGAAUGACAGCGAUGAGCUCGUGGCCAUCAUUGCUCGUACAGAUUUAAAGAAGAACAGAGAUUAUCCUCUAGCCUCCAAAGACUCUCGAAAACAGCUGCUGUGCGGCGCUGCAAUGGGUACCCGAGAGGACGACAAGUACCGACUAGACCUGCUCGUGCAGGCCGGAGUGGACGUGAUCGUUCUGGUGGGUUCUAAUGGUAAUGGGGGACUGUUAUAUCACGACUCUUCUCAAGGAAACUCAGUAUUUCAGAUCAGUAUGAUAAACUACAUCAAACAGAAAUACCCAGAACUACAAGUGGUUGGAGGAAACGUGGUGACCGCUGCUCAGGCCAAGAAUCUUAUAGAUGCUGGUGUUGAUGCUUUAAGAGUUGGAAUGGGCUGUGGAUCCAUCUGUAUUACACAGGAAGUGAUGGCGUGUGGAAGGCCGCAGGGCACAUCUGUGUAUAAGGUGGCCGAGUACGCCCGCCGUUUCGGAGUUCCGGUCAUUGCAGACGGUGGCAUCCAGACAGUCGGGCAUGUAGUCAAAGCCCUCGCGCUUGGAGCUUCUACAGUGAUGAUGGGUUCAUUACUAGCAGCAACCACAGAAGCUCCAGGUGAGUAUUUUUUUUCGGAUGGCGUACGACUGAAGAAGUAUCGCGGGAUGGGCUCUUUGGACGCUAUGGAGAAAAACAACAGCAGCCAGAAGCGUUACUUCAGUGAAGGUGAUAAGGUGAAGGUCGCUCAGGGAGUUUCUGGCUCAGUUCAAGAUAAAGGAUCAAUACACAAGUUUGUGCCGUACCUCAUUGCUGGAAUCCAACAUGGCUGCCAGGAUAUUGGUGCAAAGAGCCUGUCCAUCCUGCGGUCGAUGAUGUAUUCCGGAGAGCUAAAAUUUGAGAAGAGGACCAUGUCUGCACAGGUUGAAGGCGGAGUUCAUGGGCUGCAUUCAUAUUCUUUUGUGCCAUUUAUGAGAAGCGAUUAUACUGAGGCGGGCAUCAAGGGACAAAUGAGAUCCGGACCCAACGUCCCGUCACCAGCUGUCACCAAUCACAGCGGCUAAAAGUGGUGGACUCUUAUCUCUUCUGAAUAAAAGCUGAUCACAGCUAAGUGUGAUUUACGGUAAAACUACAGGAUACUUAACACUGGGAAUAACAGAAACUUUCAUGUCUGCGUGUCUGCGCUUCAUUGUAAGAAGUAAAUGUAGCAGUAUAGAGAGAUUAUUUUUUAAAUCUUGUUAAUGUACUGCAUCAUUGUUUGUGUAUGUUUGUUUGUUAUAGGGAGCGUCUGUUAUGAUGAGGUAUACAGGGUAUGUUACUUUUAGCAAUGAUGUAGCAGUGUUUGAUGUUAGCCAUUUUGCCUCCCUGAAGUCUUUCUAAUGGAGUUUGUAUGUUGUUUUAUUAGCAAUAAUACUUUCUGUGGGACACUGUUGGAAGUGAUGCCAUUAGAGUGUUAUGAGUUCGAUAGGGUAUUCGUUAAAGAAAUGCAUUUCUCUUUUCAUGUUUGCUUACGUCACAAUCAUUUAAAUCACAAGUUAGUUGCCAGAACUAGAGCGAUGCUGGAGUAUCAGCCUUAAAAUCAGGGAUACUUUACUAUUACACGCCUUACUGUAGUCAACACAGUACAUAGACACUAAAGGCGGUCCUUGCUUACUGUAUAUUUAUUUCAUAGCUUUAUACAUCUGCAUCAUAUACAGAUAUCAAACACUGUACAUUAUAUAAGGAAGCAAAGUUUACAAGGGCAGAAUGUGAGGACAACUAUCAAUUUUAUAGUUUCAGUGUCUUAAGUGUCUCAGAUUAGAUUAAUACCAUGCUUACUGUAAGUAUAUUUAUAAACUUUAUAAAGACAGAUGCAAUGUAAAUAAGAGAAUUUAAUAGAUGAAUGUAUCAGUGGGUUAUUUACUAACCCCAAAUAUAGGAGGACCUCUGGAAACUGUCAGAGAUUUAGUUAUAAUAAAUUGAGACAAAAAUACAUGAAGGCAAAUUGUGAUGUGAUCUUAGAGUAUCUUCAGGCAGGGAUGUGAAAGCUGCUUAUUGCUCCUCUGUCUGUGUUUUGCUGCUUAUUCUGAGUCACAAAGAUCUGCUUUAAUAAAGAUGGUAAUGGCAUACUGUAA